AUGGACUCACCCAACAGUGCUCUUUCCGCCCUCGCUGGCCUGGCCAUCUUCUUCAUCUUGAAGAAACUUCUGGAUACUCUCCUCGGAGCGAAGAAAUACGGCCGCCCAUACCCACCCGGACCGGCCCCCAAGUUCUUAAUUGGAAACGCACUUGAUCUUCCGUUGAAGGACUCAGCGAAGCACUUCCGAGAAGUGGGAAAGGAGCUGGACAGUGAUUUAGUCUUUCUAACGGCGCUGGGGAAUCACGUCCUCUUCAUCAACAAGCGCGAAAUCGCCGACGAGCUUCUAGAGCGCCGCUCGAAGAUAUACUCGAGUCGCACCCAGAUCCCAACGACCGCGAUAAUGGGAUGGGACAAGCACAACGUAGCAAUGAUGGACUACGGGGAGGAAUGGCGCCUCAACCGCAAAGCAUGCCAGCAGCACCUCAACCGUCGCCACGCGCGGGCGUACGAGCCUGUCCAGCUCCGGCAGGUGCACAAAAUGCUCGACAAUCUUCUCCGCGCGCCGGAGGAUUUCUUCAAACACAACGAGAUACUUUCGAUCGCCAUUACGAUGGACAUAAUGUACGGCUACCAAGUGGACAGCCUCGACGAUCCUGCUGUCAUCGCAGCCGCGAAGAACGUCGCGUUGGCCAUCCCGCUGCUUAUGCCUGGUGGUGCCUUAAUGAACAUCUUCCCGAUUCUGAAACACGUUCCGUCCUGGGUUCCUGGUGCAAUGGCUCGGAAACGUGCAGAGGAAUGUGCCUUUUGGAAUAAUGAGCUCAUCAGAAUACCGCUGGAAUACGUCAAGACGCGGGUGGGUGCGGGCACGGCCAGGCCGUCUGUAAUAUCGGACAUGAUUAAGAGGAAGGACACAGUUGGAAUCUCGGAGCAGGAGGAAAGAGUGCUCUCGAAUAUGGCAUACACGGCUUAUAGCGCUGCGUCGGACACUACGAUGUCGGCAAAUGGAACGUUUAUCCACAUGAUGCUGACCCACCCUGAAGUCCAGAAAAAAGCUCAAGCCGAGAUUGACAUGGUCAUCGGCACGUCUCGGCUUCCCACCUUCGACGAUCGCGCUUCCCUUCCUUACGUUGAAGCCGUGUACCGUGAAGUGAUGCGGUACAACCCUCCUCUGAGCAUCGGCGUGGCGCAUGCCUCUGCGGAGGAUGACUAUUAUAAUGGAUAUUUUAUCCCCAAAGGAACUACCAUUUUUGCCAAUCUCUGGGCUAUAGCCCACGAUGAGGAGAAGUACCCCGAGCCGGACAAAUUUAAUCCAGAGAGGUUCUUCACAGAGAGUGGUGAAUUGAACGGAGACAGUCGCGUUCUGGCCUAUGGAUUCGGGAGACGCGCCUGUGUUGGAAAGCAUGUGGCUAGUGCUACGAUGUGGAUCACGAUCGCCUCAAUACUAUCAGGCUUCAGUAUCGACAAGGCGAGAGACGAGCUCGGCAAUGAAAUUGAGAUUGACCAUGGUUACGAGGAUUUAGGGAUGAUAAUUCAUAAGAAGCCAUUCAAGUGUUCGAUCCUGCCCCGCUCGGACCUGGUUCCGAGGCUUAUUAAAGAGGCUUUGUCAGAGGGGAAGUAA